AUGCCUAAUCACCAAGGCUCUUGCACUGACCAGGGCACCAACACUGCUCCUGCUGCCAGCACUGUCCCUGCUGCCAGCACUGUCCCGGCUACUGGCACUGACCAGGCCACUGCCACCACCCAGGGUACUGGCACUACCCAGGGCACAAGCACUGCUGCCGCUGCAGCCCAGGCUGCAAGCACCAGCCCUACCCAGGGCAGCCGCUGGAAGGCGCGCGACAGCAGCCACCCUCCUGACGCCUUCGCAGAGACCGCCAAGCUGCUCUGCGACUGCCACGGCCCGCGGGCGCAGUGGCCUCUGAACAACGCGGAGCUGAUCAUCGCUCCCUGCGCGUACCAGUGCCCGUACUGCGCAGAAUUCAACAAGGUGGGGAGGCCAAGACUCAUGGCCUCCAAUCUGCGGCGGCACCUCGCGCAGACCCACAUCAGGGGAAACCCUGAUGUGUACGGAACCCUUGUUGUCGCGCCCGGUGUGAAGGGCCGGGGGCCUUAG